GUGCUAAUCCACAGAGGACAUGAGUUGUUACAGCCCAUGGCUACUGACAUUUCUGUCUUUGGGUAUGUCUAUGCUAUGAAGACUGUACCAGAAUAGCUACACUGCUGUAGCUAUGUCAGCAUAACCCCAAAGUGUAGACAUGACCUACUCCAAUGGAAGGAGUUUUACCAUUGGAAUAGGAACACCAUCUCUCCAAAUGGUGGUACCUACAUAGCAUUCUUUCAUUUACAUAGCUGUGUCUGUGCUGCGGGUUAGGUUGGCAUAGCUAUGUCAGUUAGGCAUGGUUUUUUUCACACUCCUAACCGAUGUAGCUCUGUUGACCUAUCUUUCUAGUAUAGACCAAGCAUUUACCUGAAGUUGUAUCAGCUCAUACUUUUAGCUCUGGAGGUCUCCAGUUCAAUCUCCACUGUGUAAGCUAUGAGGGCAACUGUCACAAUUCUUAUUGGCAUCCUGAGAAUGCAAAAAGCAAAUGAUUUAUACAAGUGUAUUUAAUUUUGUUUUAACUCAUUUCUUGUGUUAAGGAUUUGAGUUCACCAGGCUUCCCAUCAAGUGAGAAGGAAAAAUGAGAAUACUGUGAAAAACUUUCUGUCUUUGGGUAUGUCUAUGCUAUGGAGACUAUACCAGAACAGCUACAUUGCUUUAGCUAUACUGGCAUAACCCAAAAGUAUAGAUGUGAUCUACUCUGAAGGAAGGAGUUUUUCCAUUGGAAUAGGAACACUACCUCCCCAAAUGAUGGUAGCUACAUAGCUUUCUUUGAUUUACAUAGCUGUAUAUGUGCUGGGGGUUAGCUUGUCAUAACUACAUCAUUUAGUGGAAUGUUUUUUUCACACCCCUGACUACUGUAGCUAUGUUGAUCUAUCUUUCAAAUGUAGACCAAGCCUUUAACUCAAGUUGUAGGAGUUUGUGCUUUUUAGCUCAGAAGGUCUCAAGUUCAAUCCCCAAUGUGUAAGCCAUGAUGACAACUGUCACAAUUGCUGUUAGCAUCCUUAGACUGCAAAAGGAAACCAAUCUAUAAAAGUGUAUUUAAUUUUGUUAUAAUUGUUUUAUUGUUUUACGGAUUUAAGUUCUCCAGGCUUCACAUCAAGUGGGAAGACAGAAUGAGGAACUUAUCCAGAAACAGGCUAUUCUGAAAAACUUCACCAAACUGCAGGAAAUCUUGAAAAACUGCAUGCAGCAAAGAGGUGAUCUCCAAGCCAAUAACAUAGAACUCUCAACUGUUGUGAAUAGGGAAGGUAUCGAUCAGAGCUCACUCUUCUGUUAUAUCCUUUAUGGAGAUAAAUGCAGCUCUUGCCCUGAGGGCUGGAUACAGCAUAGAAGGAAGUGUUACCAUUUUACACAUGAAAGGAGCUCCUGGGAGAAGAGUCGAGAAUACUGCUCGUCUCACAGCUCCAGACUGCUGAGGAUAGAGAACAAGGAAGAAUUGGAUUUCAUAAACAGACUGGUGUGUUUUCACUGGAUUGGACUAUUCCGUACGGGAGCUGCUACAAGCUGGAUGUGGGAGGAUGGCACAGCUUAUUCUAUUGAGCUGUUCCAAGUAAAGAGGAAAGAGCCUGGAGCAUCCUGUGCACUUUUGAAGGCAGGAGAAGCCACCUCCUAUAAUUGUACUGAACAAUAUCGCUGUAUUUGUGAGAAGAGAGCUGCUUAGCUGAAGCCUGCUGAACAACACAAGAAGAUCACAGCAUCCGUGAGACACAUAAUCCUGGGAUGUUCCAAAGAGAAAGAGAAAUCACAACCCCUUCGAUUUGCUGUGUUACCAUUCAGACUGAUGGCUGCAGUUUCAGGUGAUAAAACACACAGCAGACUGUCAAGAAGCAGGGCAGAAACCCCAAACUGGAAUCUUCUCCAGCCAACCAGAGCACUCCCACCAUACUGAAUGACUGUCAUUCCCACUUGGGUUGAUAAGAGUUG